AUGCAAUACCACAGUCCACGCCAGUAUGACGGCGGCACCCCUUCGACUGUUUGGGGUACGCCAACGAAUAUGAUGAUUACAUCGACGAACAAUCAGCAGCAGGUGUCUGAGAAACGAGACGAGAUUAUCUACCGGACAUCAAGGUAUGACAUUGUGGAGUUGUGGCACCGUGGUGGGAAGCCGGCAGCGAACUUGAAGUACAGUGGCGAACGGGGUCCGGUGAAGCGUUGGCGCCGACGCACUGGUACUGGCGGCGUCAUUUAUCACCACCACCAUCGACGCAGAAGGAGCUCGGGCAAUUCGGGCGACCGCGCAUUGCGUGAACCGCCCUUUCAGACGGAUCAUUACACCAUUAACUCCACCAACGACUCGAACACGCCAGCGCUAGUCUCCCAUAGCUUGGACGAUGACGAUGACGCACUCUCGGAAGCCACUCUGAGCGUCGAGAUUUUGCCAGACUCUGACGACGACUACGACUCGAAACGAGACUCGGGACAAGAGUCGGGCGAACAGACUGCCCGCCAGACGGCCGAGAACGGCGGACCAGGACGGAAGGACCAAGACUGGAAGGACCAAGACUGGAAGGACCAAGACUGGAAGGACCAAGACUGGAAGGACGAGGACUUGCGCUCUGGCUUUACUGGGGGGGGUAGAACUAGUGGAAACGCUAGUUGGCAACGUAAUAAAUCGGGACCUAAGCUGGGACCUAAGGGUGGAGAAUUAGAUCGCGGGUCAGGCCAUAAGGAUAGUCAGCGCGAAGAAGAGGAGCUGCAACAUCGCAAGUCUGGUAAACCUUCGCAGGAGGAGUCUCGACACCGGCGGAAGGAUGAAGAGUUGAAGGCAGAGUCGACAAAGUCUGGCAAACAUACGAAGCAGGGACCUAAGGAUGCUGAGAUCGACCGCAAGACAGGCCACAGUCAGCCUGGGGAUGAGCUCCAGUGUCGUCAAUCUGACAAGCAAGGACACGGAGAUACCCUAUCAGACGGAAAGGUAGAUCGUGGAUCUUGUAAGCCGGUCCACAAGGACACUCGGCCCCAAAGCAAGAAUAAUGAGGUGAAUCAGGAGUCUA